GUCGAGAUUAUCGCCAAGGUACCUUGCACGAACACGACACCCCACCUACCGACCCAAUUGAAGUUUUGAAAAAAAAUAAAAGCAAUGGACACGUUCAUGAACCUCGCCAUGUCUGCCGCCGGACAAUUUACCGGCCAGGAGGAGCAGGCGCCUCCCAGUCACCAGUUCAAUGAAGAUGAGGUGGUCGAAACGGCGCAGAGGCACAGCGGCGGCAGCGCCGAUUCGGGCAUGUUCUCUGCUGCGCUGAGCCACGUCACUUCUCACAGCAGUCAGCACAGGGAGCCUGUGGAUGAAGGCGAGGUGCGCGAUUCGCACAGGCAGGCUUAUGCUGAAGGAGGCGCGGGCGGCCUCAGCGCGGGAUCGAUGGGCGGUGCCGCCGCAAUGCAGAUCUUGCAGAAAGUCACCUCUGGUGGCGGUGGCGGAUCCCAGACUGAGCUGAUCAGCAUGGCCAUGGCGGAAGCCGGCAAGCUCUUUGACCAGUCGGGAGGCGCCAGCUCUGGCAGUAAGCAGGAUGCCAUCAAUGGCGCCGCCAUGACCGUUAUGAAGCUGGUCGUCCAGUCCAAGCUUGGCGGAGGCGGAGGCGGAAUGGGAGGGUUGAUGAGUUUGGCGACUAAAUUCAUUUAGACCGUCUUGCGGUGAAUGGAUGGAUGAUGAGAAGCUUUGUUGUUUGUAAUAUUAGUGUACCAGUCUACAGACUUCUAUACACCCGAGGGAAGAGAAUCCAGCUGAUAUCAUGAUGACCCCACUACGAAACGAUAUACGAUAAAUUCCUAGAGUC